AUGUUUACAGGUGCUGGCUCCCCCCGGGCCCCCUCCCCCCUCCGUACAUCUGGCACCUCACACAACCGGCCCCGGGGCCCCUCCACCGGCUCCAGACUGGCCCCUCGCUCAGUCACAAUGCAGGCUGCAGAUAAACACAUCCACAGCCGGGAGAGGGAGAGUAAAGAGGAGGGAGGGUUUGUGGAAGACUGGGCACAAACAGGAGCUAUUGUGAUGAGAGAGAAUGGGACAGAGGUCACAAGUGCCCACGCCUCCAAGUCGGACAUCAUCAAAUCAGGCAGCCCCAAAUCCACGCUAAAACACAUAUGGACAGAAAGCAGCAAGGACCUGUCAAUCAGCCGGCUCCUCUCCCAAACUCUGCACGGCAAGGAGAACAACACCGCUCUGGACCUCCGCUACGACACGCCCGAACCCUACUCCGAGCAGGACCUUUGGGAAUGGUUGAGGAACACCACGGACCUCCAGGACUCACGACCGCGGGCAAAACGACGGCCGAUGGUCAAGACCGGGAAGUUCAAGAAGAUGUUCGGAUGGGGCGACUUCCACUCCAACAUCAAAACCGUCAAACUCAACCUCCUCAUCACCGGGAAAAUCGUCGACCACGGAAACGGGACUUUUAGCGUCUACUUCCGCCACAACUCCACGGGUCAGGGUAACGUUUCGGUUAGCUUGGUGCCGCCCACGAAAAUAGUCGAGUUUGACGUGACCGCGCAGCAGUCCGUGAUCGACGCGAAGGAUUCCAAGUCCUUCAACUGUCGCAUCGAGUACGAAAAGGUGGAAAAGGGAGCGAAGAAUACACUUUGCAACUUUGAUCCCUCCAAGACGUGCUACCAGGAGCAGACGCAGAGCCACGUUUCUUGGCUAUGUUCAAAGCCCUUCAAAGUAAUCUGUAUCUUCAUAUCGUUCUAUAGCACUGACUACAAAUUGGUUCAGAAGGUGUGCCCGGACUACAACUACCACAGUGACACUCCCUACUUCCCCUCUGGCUGA